AUGAUUAUAAUCAAGAUGGUGCUUGGAGCCAUGCCCUUGGCUGUGGCGGCCAUCAACCGGGAGCCGAGUUUGCUGCCCGGGUACAAAUUACGCUUUGUAGCUGCUGACAUCGGUCGCUCUAGACCACAUCUACCCAUGGAUAAGGAUAGUUUGACACUACGGGUAAUGACACAGAUGCGUGACCUUGGAGUGGUGGCUUUCUUCGGCCCUGAUGGUACCUGUCACACGGAGGCCAAACUAGCUGCAGCAUGGAACCUGCCCAUGAUAUCACACAAAUGUGCUGGUGCUCACGGCUCAUUUGAGAAGGGUUCUGGUCUUGGAGCCACCUUCGCAAGGACCUUGCCUCCAGCCUACAAAGCCAGCAAGUCAGUCGUGGCGCUCCUGAAGGCAUUCGGCUGGUCAAAGUUCGCUAUAGUAGCUGGUGAUGAACUGACGGCUGCUGCACAGCAAUUGGAUGCCAUUAAGGAACUAGCCCAGUCUAACGGCAUGGUGAUCACAGCUGAGCAUCGGUUUGCUGACUACAUCCCACGCCUGAUCUCUGAUAUGGAGAGAAUCGUGGACCAGACCUAUUAUAAAACGAGAGUAUACGUGUUUCUGGGCGAGCAUAUAGCUCUGGUGGACUUCGUGAAGGUGAUGCAGCGCCGCGGUCUCCUCACUGCAGGGGAGUACGCCAUAGUGGCGGUGGAUGAUGAGAUCUAUGAUCCCAGCACCGCUGCCAUCACUCAUGCUGAUCAUCUUGAUCUUGGACAGAAUACUAGCAAUGACGUGUUGGCGUUCCGCGCUGUACUGAGACUCACGCCUUCAUUUCCGACUAAUCCACACUACGGAAUGCUGUGUCAGAUGAUAAAGAAGAUGUCAGCAGCACCACCGUUUUGCGUGCCCAACUACUACCACAAACUCUUCGAUGAUGCUUCGGUAUCUAUAGAAGCAGCCCACCUAUACGAUGCAGUGACACUGUGGGCGAGAGCUGCGACCGCAGUGAUGCAGUCCGGGCUGCCGCCAACAGACGGCGCUACCCUUAUGCAACUCCUGCGCCCUACCACUUACAGAUCUGUACAAGGAUUUGAUGUAAAUAUGGACAGUGCGGGUGAUGCCGAAGGAAACUUCACAGUGAUAGGUUUAGUGGCAAACUCCAGCGUACCUGGCGGAUGGACUGCUCAGCCAGUGGCCACCUUCCGAUAUGUCAACGCAUCAGAUUUUCUACCGGAACUAGUGGGAGCGAACAUUAUAGCCUGGAUUGGAGGAAGCCCACCAGUUGCCGAGCCAGAAUGUGGCUUCGACGGCAUCAAGUGCUCCCUACCUCAUGACCCUGGGGUGCUGUCAGCAGCUGCUGCAGUCGCUGCAGCCGCCAUAUUGGCUGCAGCACUCCUCGUGCGUCACUACAGAUAUGAGCAGAAGUUGGCGUCGGUGUUGUGGAGGAUCGAGGCUAAGGACCUGACCAUCAUACCAGCGUACAACUCGCAGACCACUGAUAAGACAUCAAUGCAGCAUGACAUGGAGACGCGUCGAGCUCACACCACCAUAGCCAUGUACAAGGGCAACGUGGUAGCCAUCAAACGCCUGCAGAAGAAGAGCAUUGACGUCACCCGAGCUAUCAAGAAGGAGUUGAAACAGAUCCGUGAGCUUCGCCAUGAGAACCUGACGGCUUUCGUUGGUGUCUGCGUGGAGAGCGGAUCAGCUUGUAUCGUGUCAGCCUACUGCUCCAGAGGUUCCCUGGCCAGGGUCCUAGCUGACAGAGACCUUCAUCUAGACGAUAUGUUCGUCGCUAGCCUGGUAGCUGAUCUUCUUCGAGGACUGAUGUACCUUCACGAUUCGGCAUUGAUAUCACAUGGGAAUUUAACGUCCAGUAACUGUCUGGUAGACAGCCGUUGGGUCCUGCAAAUAGCUGAUUAUGGACUGCAUAAUUUAAAAUAUGGCUGUUCUGACGCAGAAGAUGCGUUGCGGAUGGAGCGUCGCAUGCUAUGGAGGGCGCCAGAACUCUUGAGGGAUCCCAAUCCAAACCCCAGAGGGUCACAGAAGGGAGACGUAUACUCCUUUGGGAUCAUAUUGUAUGAGAUCCUUGGAAGAAAUGGACCUUGGGGAGACACGAAUCUUACAAAUGCUGAAAUCAUAGGUCGAGUCCGGCAUCCAAUAGGCGGCGUGUUAUUCAGGCCACCACUGGGCGGGCUAGUGGCACGACCAGCUGUACUGGCUGUGCUGAACGCGUGCUGGAGCGAGCGACCUGAACGUAGACCCGAUCUCAGGCUGGUUCGCGUCAGGUUGAAGGAUAUGCAUGCGGGCAUGAAAACCAACAUCUUCGACAACAUGCUGGCAAUGAUGGAGAAGUACGCGUCCAACCUGGAAGCUAUCGUCGCAGCCAGGACGGAACAGCUGCUGCAGGAGAAGAGGAGGACUGAUGACCUGCUCAACAGGAUGUUGCCUAGGACUGUAGCAGAAGCCUUGAAGCGAGGCGAAAGGGUACAGGCAGAGAGCUUCGACUGCGUGACAAUAUAUUUCAGUGAUAUUGUCGGAUUCACCAAGUUAGCGGCAACUAACACUCCUAUGCAGGUGGUGGAGAUUCUGAACGACCUGUACACCUGUUGCGACGCCAUCAUAUCAUAUUACAACGUUUAUAAGGUAGAAACAAUAGGCGAUGCCUACAUGGUAGUGGGUGGUCUACCGGAGAGGUGCUCCCGACACGCUGCUGAAGUGGCCUCCUUAGCUCUGCAUGUACUUGAUGCGGUGCCUAAGAUCAGGUCUCGACACAUGCCCGCCGCCCGACUGCAUAUUAGAAUAGGUAUACACAGCGGCCAAUGUGCAGCAGGAGUGGUAGGAGUGAAAAUGCCAAGGUACUGUCUUUUCGGAGACACGGUGAACACUGCAGCAAGGAUGGAAUCCAGUGGAGAACCUCAAAGAAUCCAUGUCAGCCACGAUACCUACCUUCUCCUCAAGCAACAUGGAGGGUACCAUUUUAAGGAGAGAGGAAUUGUUAAUAUCAAGGGCAAAGGAGAGAUGAGGACGUGGUGGUUAGUGGGAGAAGACCAUGAGAGAAGAAAAAAUACUAUGAGUAGAUUCCAACCAGGUCUACUCCGCAACAUGAACGAAGAGAGCGAAGACUUAUGGGGGCUGAACCGGUCCAUUCUGAACAUCAGGGACAGGGCUCGUCUCUCCUGCGGUGGUCUAGCAGGACCUGGCUCCGCCUUGUCCUCACCAGGACCGCCAGCCUGUGACUGUUUCAUCCCCAACAGAGAUCACCACUCAGCUCCUGUAGUCCUAUUCUGCGAUGAAUGA